AUGUGCAACAGCACCACUAGUGCCAGCCGAACCACCUGUCUAGACUCCAGUUGUCCAGAAAAUCACGUGAAUAUUGGAAAUAACCCGACCUUUGAACUUCUCAAACUAAAUGUUUACAAAUCAUGUCGUGAUGUCAUCAGCAAUGAACCAAGAAAGGUCGUGACCCUUACAUCCGGGCUAGUCGUCAUGUGUGACACAGUGACAGACGGUGGAGGAUGGACCAUCUUCCAAAGACGUGUGUCUGGGACCGUAGAUUUCUACCGCGGCUGGGAGGAGUACAAACACGGGUUUGGGGAUUACGGCAUUGGGGAAUUUUACCUGGGCAAUGAAAAUAUUUUCUGUCUGACUUCUAAAUCCGCCCACGAACUUCGUGUUGAUCUAGUCUACAACGCCACCUACUACGUCAAGUACUCCAAUUUCCAACUGCUCAACGAGUUCCAAGGCUACAGAUUAAAUGUCUCGGGUUAUUCCGGAAACGCCGGAGACUCACUGACGGAACAUAACGCCCAAAUGUUUACGACCUACGACCGAGACAACGACGCCCAGGGUACCGUUAACUGCGCUGAGACGUACCUGGGCGCCUGGUGGUACAAGGCCUGCCACCAGUCCAAUCUGAACGGCAAGUGGCGUGACGUCACCUACGGGGAGGGCCUCAACUGGCUCACUCUCACGGGCUACUACGAGAACGUGAUCUUCUCCGAGAUGAAGAUGAGAGCCGUCUGACGUCGCGGUUUACUUUCGACCUCAACCGUUUUGGGUAGCUGGUAUCUUUGUACAUUCUUCAAUAGUGUUGUUGUUAUAGAUCUAAGAA